CUUGGGGGGAUAUUCAGGCGAGAAACUCUUCAGUUCGGAAAUAGCCUAUUAUGCACGUUCGGGUUUCCCCAUCUUUACUUUAAACGGCAGAAACGAGAACGUUAAUCAAGUAGACGGACAUAACCGUAGUUAAUAUUAGACGACAACAUCAUUGCAUGUGUUCAAUUUAUGAUAAAGGUUGCUAAAUGUGUCGACAAUGUAAUCUCGACCCGAGUCUUUGUGUCGCCAUAAUAUGUGACGUCAUCGCAAAGACAUGCUCGACCUUGCAGGAGAAAACAAGAAAACAAUAUCUUUUUCGUGGCGUUUCACUCCUUGUGCAACGUUUUUGUAACUACAGUGGGGUUGAAAUAAAAAACGAAGUUUUCAAAAUCCUGAGAAAGAGCCUUUUGAUACAGCUGUGCUCUGCCUUUGUUACAGGAUUAUUUUUUUUCUUCCCCACCCCCCAUUUCCUCUCCUCUGGCGGAAGUAUCUCGGAGAGCAGAGGCCUCAUCCUUCCAAUGGCGACCGAAAACUGGCAGAAUUGCGAGCGGGAGCUACCGAGGAGGGGGUCAGAGCAGAGAAACUGAAAUUAAAUAAAUAUAUCAUUCGAUUAGUUAAAAUAAGUUCGACGAAAUUUUUACCCCCUCAGCAAUGGCCGAUUCAGUGGCCAAAAGUCAGAAUGUUUCGCUCCUUGAAUCGGAGCUAUAUUACCUAAUUUCUCGUUUUUUAACGACUGGUCCCUGUCGGAAAGCGGCUGAGGUUUUAGUGAGUGAAUUGGAGGAAUACCAGCUCCUGCCAAGGAGAUUGGACUGGGAAGGAAACUCUCAUCCUAGAUCAUACGAAGAUUUGGUGGCUGCCAACAGACAUGUGGCGCCAGACCACCUGCUGCAGAUCUGCAAGCAGAUGGGCCCGAUUCUGGACCGGGAGGUCCCGUCCAGCGUGUCCAGGGUGCGCUCUCUCCUGGGUACAGGGCGACAUUCGCUCCUCCGCACGGCCAAAGACUGCAGAAAAGUCGUGCGGAAGGGAUCGUUUUUCGCCGCGCUCCACAGGGGAAGACCGCCGGAGGUGUCUUUGAGCUGCAGGGACCCUCCCAACCUCGUGAUGGUGUGUCGCGGGAGGGAACUCACCGGAGCUCAGAGGUUCAGCUCCGUCAACCCCGUGAGCAACUAUCUGCACAUGAGGCUGCACAGGAGGAUUCUGGGACACCUGUCGGCCGUCUACUGCAUCGCGUUCGACCGGACCGGUCUCCGGAUCUUCACGGGCGCUGACGACUGCCUGGUGAAGAUCUGGUCCUCCUUCGACGGGCGGCUCCACUCCACCCUCCGCGGCCACUCGGCCGAGAUCUCGGACCUGGCCGUCAACUUCGAGAACACCCUGAUAUCCGCCGGCAGCUGCGACAAGACCAUCCGGGUGUGGUGCCUCCGCACCUGCGCGCCCGUGGCCGUCCUGCAGGGCCACAGCGGCUCCAUCACCUCCCUGCAGUUCUCUCCGUUUGCCAAGGGCUCCAAGAGGUACAUGGUUUCCACGGGAACGGAUGCCACGGUGUGCGUGUGGCAGUGGGACGUGAACAACAUCAAUUUCAGUGAUCGGCCUCACAAGUUUACAGAGCGGCCGAGACCGGGGGUGCAAGUCAUCUGUUCUUCCUUCAGUGCCGGCGGCAUGUUCUUGGUGACUGGAAGCACUGACCAUGUGAUCAGAGUCUAUUACCUGGGCUGUGGAACCCCAGAGAAGAUUUCCGAGCUGGACACCCACACAGACAAGGUCGACAGUAUCCAGUUCUGUCAUUCUGGGGAGAGGUUCGUGAGCGGGAGCAGGGACGGCACGGCUCGAAUCUGGGGCCUGAAACAGCACCACCAGUGGAGCAGCACACUGCUAGACAUGUCUGCUACUCUCCCUGGUUCACAGUCUCAGACUGACGAGGAGAGCUUCUUCAAAUCCAAAGUGACGAUGGUGUCCUGGGAUCGCCACGACAACAUGGUCAUCACAGCGGUCAACAACCACCUGCUCAAAGUGUGGAAUUCGCACACGGGGCAGCUGCUCCACAUCUUGAAAGGUCAUGACGCGGAGGUGUUUGUGCUGGAGCCACACCCCUUUGAUCCCAGGGUCAUGCUGUCUGCUGGGCACGACGGUAGCGUCUUCAUCUGGGACCUCUUCAGGGGCACCAAGAUACAGCACUACUUCAAUAUGAUUGAGGGCCAGGGUCACGGCGCCGUGUUCGACUGCAAGUUCUCUCCGGACGGCCAGCACUUUGCCUGCACCGACUCCCACGGCCACCUCCUGGUGUUCGGCUUCGGCAGCUCCAGGCCCUACGAGAAGCUUCCGGACCAGGUGUUCUUCCACACGGACUACCGGCCGCUCAUCCGCGACGGCAACGGCUUCGUCCUGGACGAGCAGACGCAGCAGGCGCCCCACCUCAUGCCCCCGCCCUUCCUGGUGGACGUGGACGGGAACCCCCACCCCCCCAGGUACCAGAGGCUCGUCCCGGGGCGGGAGAACUUCGCCGACGAGCACCUGGUCCCCCAGCUGGGAUACGUGGCCACCAGUGACGGCGAGGUGGUGGAGCAGGUGAUCAGCCAGCAGACCACGGAGCAGGAGGAGGCGGCCGCCGCCGCCCAGCGCAGCGUCCUUGACGAGGCCAUCCGCCAGCUGCAGGAGCAGCAGGACCAGCGGGGGGGGCCUCCGGGCCCCGCCCCGGCCGUCGCCCACGUCCCCGCCCCCGGCCCCGCCCCGGCUCGGCUCGGCACCCCCCGCAGAGUGUCGACGAGCGCGAGCAUCGACGUCCAGUCGCCGUCCAACGUGGGCCUCCGCCGCAGCGGGCAGGUGGAGGGCGUGCGCCAGAUGCACCAGAACGCGCCGCGCAGCCAGAUGGCCACCGAGAGGGACCUGCAGGCCUGGCGCCGCCGCGUGGUGGUGCCCGAGCUCCCGCCCAGCGCCUACAGCGCGCAGGAGGAGUUCCGGGUGAUGAAGGGCGAGGAGGAGAUGGCUCUGUUCAACGCAAAGAGGCGCCAGGUGACACACGGGAGUCUCAGGGACGACUCUGACGAGGACGUGCCCUGCACCAAGCGGCCGCCGUCUCGCAAGCAGCGGCUCAGAAACCUCCAGAGCUUCAUCGAGUUCUCCUGCGAGGAGGGCGAGGAGACCGCCACCUCCGAGGACAAUGAGAUGGAAUGUAGCGACAUGGAGUCGUCCAACGACGAGGAGUGGCGCAGCGACAGCUCCAGCCAUUCCUCCAGCGAGUACUCCGACUGGACCGCGGACGUCGGGAUCAACCUCCGGCCGGCCAUGCCCCUGUCGUCACGGAGACGCGUCCGGCGCCAGCUCAGCGUGUCGGUGGAGGAGGCGGAGGAGGAAGAGGAGGAGCAGCAGCAGCAGGACGAAGAGCAUCGUACUCCUCAACCUCGCAAGCAGAAGAAGCCGAAGAGCAGGACGCCCAGGCGACGGAGCGUCAGACCGUCCAUCAACAGAGAGGUGUCCAACGAGUUCCGCCCCUCCCCCUGGAUCACCGACGUCUUUCCCCGCAAGUCUCCCUUCGUCCCCCAGAUGGGUGACGAGGUGAUAUACUUCCGGCAGGGUCACGAGGCGUACGUGGAGGCGGUGGCCAGGUGCGAGCUGUACCCCAUUAACCUGGAGAAACAGCCCUGGAGGAGAAUGGAGCUGAGGGACCAAGAGUUUGUGAAAAUAACGGGGAUCAAGUACGAGGUGUGUCCCCCCACCCUGUGCUGCCUGAAGCUGUCUCUCAUCGACCCCGGCACGGGCAAGCUCAGCGACAAGUCCUUCUCCAUCAAAUAUCAUGACAUGCCGGACGUCAUCGACUUCCUGGUGCUGAAGCAGAGUUACGAUGAGGCCAGACAGCGCGUGUGGCGCCCAGAUGACAGGUUCCGGUCUGUGAUUGAUGAUGCCUGGUGGUUUGGGACCAUAGUGCAUCAGGAGCCAUAUCAGUCCGAGUACCCCGACAGCCACUUCCAGUGCUUCAAAGUCAGGUGGGACAACGGAGAAACAGAGAAGCUGAGCCCCUGGGAUGUGGAGUGCAUUCCUGAGGACGCCCAGCAGCCCGAGUCGGUGGGGGGCGGAGUCCCGGUGACGGCCGAGGAGAUGAGCGACGUCCUGUACAAGCCGCGGGAGGGCGAGUGGGGCGCCCGGAGCCGGGACCAGGAGUGCGAGCGCAUCAUCGCCGGGAUCGACCAGCUCAUCACCGUAGACAUCGCUGCUCCCUUCGCCGGCCCGGUGGACAUCGUGCAGUACCCCACGUACUGCACCGUGGUGGCGUACCCCACGGACCUGGGAACCAUCCGGCUGAGGCUGCUGCACCGCUUCUACAGGCGGAUUUCGGCCCUGGUCUGGGACGUGAGGUACAUCGUCCACAACGCCAGGACCUUCAACGAGCCCCGGAGCAAGAUCGCGCACUCGGCCAAGAUCAUCUCCGAAGCCCUCCUCCGGUUCAUCAAUGACCCAGACUGCACGGAUAUCAUGGAGAUAUACCACUCCGUGGAGGACAUGGACUCCUCCGAGGAAGAGGAACUGGAAGACCCGGAUGUGCCCAGCACCUCCUUCGGACACAGGCUGCGACAGGCCAUGGAGGUGGUGCGGGACCGCGACGCCUGGAAGGACGACUGCAAGCGGCUGCUGGACUACAUCUUCGAGUGCGAGGACUCGGAGCCCUUCCGCCAGCCCGUCGACCCCAACGACUACCCGGACUACCUGAACAUCAUCGACACGCCGAUGGAUUUCCAAACGGUGAGGAAGGCCCUGGAGCAGGACCAGUACGACAACCCCUCGGAGAUGUGCAAGGACGCCCGGCUGAUCUUCGUCAACGCCAAAGCGUACACGCCCAACAAGAGGUCAAAGAUCUACAGCAUGACCCUGCGCCUGUCGGCGCUCUUCGAGGAGCGCAUCCGGACCAUCACGUCGGACUACAGGACGGCGGUGAAGACCGGCGAGAGGCUGCGCCGCAGCCAGAGGUGCAGGAAGAGGCUGCAGCCCCCGGAGUCCACCCCGGCCACGCACAGCCAGAAGAGGACCGGCGUGAAAACUCAGGAAAAAACGGAAACGUCGUCUAAGACUUGCACGAAAUCUACCUCAGCCAAAGUGUCUGCCAAGGAGAGUUCCAGGAAGAGGAGGGGCCAGAGCAGCCCCUCCUCCUCCUCUGACUCCGCCUCCUAUCAGAGCCCUGCCAAAGCUGCAUCUGAGACCUCAGGGAGCAACGUGGAGUCCACGCCUGACUCGGAGAGUGAAAGCGCCUUCGCCUCGAGCGAAUCGGAGAAGGGCGCGAGCAAGCGCUCGACACCCUCCUCGCGUCGCCACGGCGGCAGGGAGGGGAGAGGAACCCGCAGGGUCACCAGGAACAGGAGAGCGAAAGAGCGCAAGAAGAAGAGAGAGGCCUCGGACAGCGAGCUGUCCAGCAGCGAGAACGAGGACAGCGAGGACAGCGGGAAGCCCUCCACCUCGUCCUCGCAGCGCUGCGCGAGGAGGAGCCCCAAGAGCAGAGGCCCCCUGGGGACGUUGAGAAGCCCCUUCCUGCUCAGGAGCACCAGGCUGACCAGGACCAGCGCGGCAGCCAGCAGGGGUAGACCAGGCACCCGGGCUCAGGUAAACGGCCACGCCGAAGGAUCCCGCCGGCAGAGGAGGCAUGGCAGCAACUCAGAGGAGGAGCUGUCACAGGAGUCCGGUCAAGAUGAUGAGGAGGAGGAGGAGGAGGAGAGCGUAGGUCGCAGGCCCCUGGCCAGGAGGACAGCCGUGGCCGCCGUAGGCAAGAUGAAGAUGAUGGAGAAUACUGAGGAGGAGGAGGAGGGGACUCCUUCGGAGGAGGAAGGCGACAGGAAUGCCGGAGGCCGGCAGCUGACGCGGGCUGGAAGGCGUGCCGCUGCGGUGAUCCAGAGCAGCUCGGAGUCAGAGGAGGCGGAGUCUGGUCAGAGUGCACAGAAAGCUUCUAAGAAAAGCAAGGGGUCAUCCUCGUGGUCGGAGGAAAGCGAGGACAGUGGGCGGACGCCGCGUGCCUCUUCCCACCGCAGUCAGAACAGCGAGGCUGCUGGGAGGACUGGUGGAAGAGUGACCAGACGAGCAGCCACGGAGGAGAGACAAGAGGGAAGGUCUCUGGUGAACGGGCACAGCCAAGAACACCACAAGGACAGGAAGAGGAGAAAGAAGGCGAGAGCGGACGACUCGGAAGGGGAAGCGAGCCUCUCGCAGAACACGGACGGCGAAGAUGAGGAUGAAGAAGAGGGAGAGGCCAUAGGCCGCCGCGCAUCAACCCAAACUAGGAGGACCACGCUGGGAGCUGUUGCCGAGCUGACGAGGGUGCGUGUCAGUGAGGAAGAGGAGGAGAGCCGUCCCAGAACCAGGGGAAACAAGCGCUCUCCCCUCUUGAAGGAGGAAACGAGGAGCUCGGAAGAGGAAGACCGUGAUCGUGGCACUCGAAAACGUCAGCAGCAGAACGGGAGGAAGACCGAAGAGGACGAGUCCUCGUCCAGCAGCGAGGACGACGAAGACCACAAGCCCAACAAAACCGCCAAAGGCUCCAAGAAAAGGAAGCUGGUCUCUUCCGACGAAUGGUCGACGGGCAAGAGCGAACAGUCGGACAGCGAGGGGAAGUCCUUUUCCAGCAGGAGGCCGUGCGUGCGAGCCAUGCCCAAGAGGAAAGUCAUCACAGAUUCCGAGGAAGACUUCCAGUCCGGGCACGAAACCGGGACGAGGAACGGGAAGGGGAAGAGGGAAGAGGGCAGCGACCCCGAGCGCGGCGGCCGAGGGAAAGCUUGCGGCGGGCGGCCGCAACUCAGCGCUUCCAAGAGGAAACGCGACUGGACCGAGUCGGAGUCCGAGGACGAAGACGCGGGCCGGGCGCGGCACCAGGGAAGGAAACGGACCAGCAAGCGGCGCCUGUCGGAAAGCCAAGCGGAGUCUGAGCCAGAGGAAGGGUGCGUCGAGGACCCCUCCCCGUCGCGCAGUGGGCAGACCCGCUCCACCGAGGAUGAGGAUGAGGAUGAGGAGGAGGAGGAGGAGGAGGAGGAGAAGGAGCCUACGCCCGCCAAGCGGCUGCACCGCGGGAAACGGAAACUCCGGGAAAGCAGCACCAGCGGCUUGGACUCCAACAGCCGCGAGGAGCCCUCCUCGUCGCCGUCGCCAUCUUGGUACCCCAGGUCGCGGUCCCUGAGGAGAAGUCCGAGGAGCAGUCCAAAGAGGAGAGACGACUCGGCGACGUCGAGAAGCCCCUUCGUCCUCAGAGAGAGGAGGAGGAGGAGGAAGGAGUCGGACAGCGACGGCCAGCGCGUCAGGACCCGGAACCGCGGCAAGCGGACGGUGACGUACCACGACAGCGAAUGAAGGAGGGGCUUGCGGCAGCCACGCCCGCACGAGCUGCAGAGACACUAAAACUGGAAAACCUGGGAGACACUUGAUUCGUCACUAAAGGGUAGAGUCGCUCUGAAUUCCUUUAAAGAGAAAAAGUGAGAGGAAAAAAUGCUGUGAAUCGGUUUCAUUCAGGGAUAUUUAUAUUUUCUAUGAAAACCAUUAAUGAAAAAUUUCAAAAAAAUGUAUGAAGUAAUGAGUUUAAUCGCUGGUUUUACAAGGUUUAGAAUGCUCACGUUAUGCUUCUGUGGUUUGGCCAGCUAUAAAAUAUCAAGUGUGGGACGCAUUGCCAGCUUGGGUGCUAUCUUCAAUAUACCUCUGUUUAAUCAAGCAUAUGUUGCUGGCUUGCACUAAAAUGCACACUGUAUUGAGGUAUUUCAUACACUAGUUUUUGAAUUAGAAACUCAGGGGUCAAUUACGUUUACUGUAGUCUCUACCAUGCAUUUUUUUUUUAAUAUUGAGAAUUAAAGUAAUAAGAGCAAACAUUUCCAGGAUGGCAGUCACAGUUUGAAGCACACUGACAAGCCCGUGUUGCCCUCAUAUUAGUCCUUUGUAUAAGCCACGCGCGUUACACACACUGCAGUUAUGGAGAGAGUGGUGAAUAUGUGAGCCAAAAUGUACAAAUACGAAUCCUCCUUUUCCUUUUGCUUUUUUUUCUUUCUUUUUUUUGUUGCCAUUUUUAAAGAUACUUUGUGUUUUGUGUAUUUGAUUUAGGAAAGGGGCUGUAAAUAUGUAAUUUGGACAUGUUUCUCUUUUUGUGGUUUUUGUUGAGGUUAAGUAUGAAAACCGUGUAGCAAAUAUUGCAUAUUUAAAUUCAGUUUCUGAGUUGAGCAUUAAUUUUAUUUUUUCAUUAAAACAAAUUCAUUAUUUGUCUUGCCAUAUUUGAUAUCAAUUGGUACCCAUUUGCCAAGUACAGGAAAUCCAGAAAUGUACUUCUUGCAAAAAUGCUAUUUUCUCAUAUUGGGAAGACGACUGUUGUGCAGUGUUGUAAUUUUCAGUAUUAAAUUCCCUUUCUGAAUUUACUUUAAGGCAAACUGCUUUUUUAAGCCAGUCACACAGUUAACCUACUUUGUUUUAUUCAUUAUGGGGGGGGCAUCUAUAAAUGCAUUAUGACUUUUUCAUAUGCUCUUCACUGGGACAGAUCUCGGAGCGUUUUGGUUGUGGAUUGAGAAGUGGUGGCUGACUUGUUUCUGGUAAAUAAAAUGCAUUUUCAAACUAAA